ACCGCUUGAAUCUAACCCAACAUACUUUUACAGACGGUAUUUUUGUUUUGUCCGGCUUUAUCUCCUACACUGAUUUAGCGGCUCCCACUAAUGGCGACUGCAACUCCUACCGGCUAUAGAGGCACGUGUGCCAGUGCUACGCCGCAAAGUCCGACCAGAAUAACCAGGCUGCAGGAAAAACAACAGCUCAGGGAUCUCAACGACCGCCUGGCCGUUUACAUAGAUAAAGUCCGCAGCUUAGAGUUUGAGAACGACGUCCUCCACCGACAGAUUAGCGAGAAAGAAGAAACUAGAAGUCGGGAACUCGGCGGACUGAAAGCUCUGUAUGAGACGGAGCUAGCCGACGCCAGGAGGAGUUUAGAUGACUCUUCCAAGGAACGGGCCUGGCUGGAGAUCGAAUUGGGAAAGGUCAAAUCCGACCAUGAACAGCUUCAGCACAACUACUUUAAAAAGGACACAGAGGCAGCAGCAUCCUUGGCCAGACUGAAGGACUUGGAGGCCCAGCUGAAUGACAAAGACGCAAUGCUGGCUACCACACUGUCUGAGAAAAAGGGCCUGGAAAACACUCUAUCAGAACUGCAGGAACAGUUUCAGGAGAUGGAGAUUGGUCUUACACAGGCCAAGAAGCAGCUUGGUGAUGAGAUGCUUCUGCGCAUUGACUUGGAAAACCGUUGUCAGAGUCUGACAGAAGAGAUGUACUUCCGAAAGAGUAUGCACGAAGAGGAAGUCAAGGAGGCCCGACAUAGGUUCGAAACCCGACUGGUAGAGGUGGAUUCUGGCCGGAAGGAAGAAUACGAAUAUAAACUGACUCAGGCCUUGGCCGACAUGAGGGCGCAGAAUGAAGAGCAGAUCCAGAUGUACAAGGACAACAUGGAGAGCACCUAUAAACUUAAACUAGACGACUUGCAUCGUUUAUCUGAGAUGAAUGGAGCAUCGGCUAACAUGGCCAGAGAGGAGCUCAGAGAAUCUGCCCUGAGGAUCGAGAGCCUGAGCACUCAACUGGCAGGACUACAAAAAGAGACACGUAGCUGGCAAGACCGUAUAGCAGAACUUGAGGCAGCUUUAGCACAGGAGAAGGACACAACCCGCAAGCUGCUGGCAGACAAAGACUUUGAAGUGGCAGAAAUCCAAGCCAAGAUGCAGCAGCAGCUGAAUGAGUAUGAGCAGCUGCUGGAUUUAAAGCUGGCCCUCGACAUGGAGAUCAAUGCCUACCGUAAACUCCUGGAGGGAGAGGAAGAAAGACUGAAGCUGUCUCCUAGUCCUUCAUCCCGUGUCACAGUGUCUCGGGCAUCAUCCAGCAGUCGCAGUGUUCAAACUGUUCGGGGAAAGAGGAAGCGCAUUGACGUAGAGGAACAGGAAGCUAGUAGCUCAGUUUCCAUUGCUCACGCUGCUUCUGCCACAGGACCCAUUUGCAUUGACGAGAUCGACACUGACGGCAAGUUUGUGUGUCUCCACAACAGCGGAGAAGAGGACCAGGCCAUGGUGGGUUAUGAGAUGGUCAAGAAUGUUGGAAACGUUGGAGCUACUUACAAGUUCACACCCAAAUAUGUCCUGAAGGCUGGCCACAAAGUCACGAUCUGGGCAUCUGAUGCUGGAGUAAGCUCCAAGCCUCCCACAGACCUGGUUUGGAAGAACCAUCACUCCUGGGGGUCAGGGGAAGAUGUUAGUAUAGUGCUGAUGAACCCACGGGGAGAGGAAGUUGCAAAGAGAACCACCAAAUACAAGAUCGCAGAACAAGAGCAGGAAGAUGAAGAUGAUUAUGGUGUAGAGGCCAUUGAGAAGGGCCUCCAACAGCAGGAAGAUGCUCAUGCUGCCAAAGGCCGCUGUUCCAUCAUGUGAUCUCACUUCACUGACCUGUCGUCACCUCUGAGCCCAGCCAGUUUGCUGCCAAUUUUGAUAGUACUAUUUUUCUAUAUUUUGUUCUUUCAGCAAAAUUUAUAUAUUUUUUGUCAUAAAAAGACUUUUUCUCAAUGUGUUUGUUUGAAAACCAAAACUAAGUAGUAAACUGUAGCUCCGAAUCUGUCUUGAGACCAAGUAGCUUAACUCAAGAUGUUGAUUUAAGAAUGUUUUUUUUUUUUUUAAACAAUUUUUUUUUCUUAUCAGUUUUUAAGAUAUUCUUUCAUUGUAGGGUUUUAAAUAUGAAAAACAACCAGGUGGGACUGUAUGGUAAGCUUCAUAAAUAGUGUUAUCUGUUUUUAUGUAAUAAAGUUCUACUGGGAUGACUGCAUAAGAUAGAGAAAAGGUAAGUCUGCUACCAGUGCUGUGAUAGUAGUAGUUUUGUUUCAGCAAAAAAUGGAAGUUCAAAUCCCAGAACCUUCUUCAGUGCCAGUUCUCUGGCACAUUCAACAACUAAAGAAGCCAUUGUUGUAUUUCAGGGAAUCGAGCUCAGUAAUCUGAAGGUAUAAGGUUGAAGUUUAAUGUAAUUUCAGGUUUCUAAAAUAGGAUGUUAAAGAUCUGACCAAGACACUACAACAUGACUAGUGCAGAUUUUCAACAGUGUAUCAUUUUUUGUUUUUGUUUUUGACAAAUGUUAUUUACACACUGAAUGUGUUUUGCAGCACACACUUUUUUGCUUACACAGUAACAUGUUCAGUGUUGAUAGUAUUAACUUUUGAAGUACUGUUUUUAUGGUAUUAUGGUGCAUGCUAUAGCAUUCUGUAAUCAUAGUUAAAUUAAAAUGUCUGUAUUUGCUUUGCUUAUAUGUAUAUAUAAAAAUCACUAAAAUGGUGAUCUGUAGGAAAUGUGGAACAGCGAGUUCUCUCUGACAUUAACAGAGUGAUAAUUCUCAGAACCAAAAAGUGUACUGCUCCAUUUUCUGGCAAUUUACUUGUUAGGGUUAACCCUAACCCUAGCAUCAGUGUGUAGUGGCUAUCAUUUGUUCUUGUGAGUUAAUAUUAACAAAGUUCCAGUCAUUACUUCCUGUACUUUACAGAAUUUUACUUUACCUACCUAGUGAUAUUACUUUUACUCUUGUAAGCCUUUGCCAUGCAGUGUAGUAUGUAUAAUGGCAUGCUUCUGAAAAUUUUCCAUUGUAAAUUAAACAGUUAAAUGAAAGUCAAAA